CCCCUCCCCGGGCGCGGCUUUCCGCGUGGUCCCCGCCGCCGCCCGGCCCGGCGUCCUGCCGCCUCCACCGCGGGUGGCCCGGGCUGCAGGAAGCCGCGCUCUGCGGGAGUGGAGCCGUCCCUCCGCCGGGCCUGUGCGACCCGGUGAGCUUGCUGCCCGGGCCCCCUACUGCCCCCAAGGCGUUCUCCCGCCGGGAUCCCCGUCGGCGCCGUCGUAGCCCGCCCCGCCCUGGGCCUCCCGGGCCCCUUACCGCCGGUGGGGGGUGAGGAUCCAGAAGUCUUCCUGUCCAUUCCUGGGUUGCCCCGGCCUGGGAUGACUGGGGUCCCCCACGCCUGAGGAGGGGCUCUCCAGAGCGACUCCUUGCCCUCCACUGCCUGUGGGAUUGGGGAGGCACGGGCACCACCCAACCUGAAAUCUACACGCCGACGCCGGGCGCUGACAGCGCGUCCCAGGAGCCCCACCCGAAGAAGAUCCGUCCUGGGGAAGGCGGGAAAGCCGAGUAGAAACCAGAUCCAGGACGGCAGGCAUGGGGCCAGGCUGAGAAGAGGCAGUGAUCGUGACUCAUGGUUCCCAGUAUAAAGGAAAGACCACUUCCCUGCCUGGGCGGAGGUGGAACCAGAGCCCCCAGCCCCAUCUCUUUCUGCCCUGCUUGAGUCUCUGGAAUGGACCUGCCUGCCAGGAAGCCUUGUCGCCUUUGGUCCUGGGCUUGCCUGCCCCCUGGAGAACACAGGUGGCCCAGGCAGUGGUAGCAGUGGCCGUGAGGCCGUGGCAGCAGCAUUCGUUGCAGAGGAUGCCCCAGGCCCUGGAGCGCCCAGAGGGCUGCUGGGCCUGGGUGGUACUGCUGGCUUGCCUGGUGACCCACGGCCUCACCCUGGGCUUCCCUACAUGCAUCGGCAUCUUCUUCACCGACCUGCAGCAUGAGUUCCAGGCCAGCAACAGUGAGACCUCCUGGUUCCCCUCCAUCCAGAUAGCCGUGCUCCACGCUGGGGGACCGCUGUGCAGCAUCCUGGUGGGAUGCUUUGGCUGCAGACUGACAAUGAUGCUGGGGGGUAUGCUGGCGUGCCUGGGCAUGGUGGCCAGCUCCUUCUGUGGCACCCUUGGCCAACUCUACGUCACAGCAGGAUUCAUCACAGGCCUGGGCAUGUGCUUCAGCUUCCAGGCGAGCAUCACCGUGCUGGGCUUCUACUUUACCCGCCGGCGGGCGCUGGCCAACGCACUGGCCUCAAUGGGCGUCUCCCUGGGCAUCAUGCUCUGGCCACUGCUCUCCGGCUACCUCCUGGAGGACCUGGGCUGGAGGGGCACCUUCCUUAUCUUCGGCGGGGUCUUUCUCCACUGCUGUGUCUGCGGGGCCAUCGUGAGGCCUGUGGCCACCAGCAUGGCCCCUGAGACCAAAGAAGGCUCCCCUCCACCUUCCAAGACACCUGCGCCCAGCUGCUUGGCAGCAUGUGGCCGGGCCAUCCAGCGCCACCUGGCCUUCGACAUCUUGUGGCACAACGCGGUCUACCGCAUGUAUACACUGGGUGUCAUGUGGAUGAUCGUGGGUUUCCCAUUGCCACAUGUCUUCCUGGUGCCAUACGCCAUACGGCACGGGGUGGACGAGCACAGAGCAGCCCUGCUCAUCUCCAUCAUUGGCUUUUGCAACAUCUUUCUACGGCCCAUGGCUGGGCUAGCGGCGGGCCGGAGGGACUUUGCUGAUCACCGCAAGUACUUGUUCAGCCUGGCAGCCCUGCUCAACGGGCUCACCAACCUGGUGUGCACAGUGUCGGCCGACUUCCGGGUGCUGGUGGGCUACUGCCUGGUGUACAGCGUGUCCAUGAGUGGCAUUGGUGCCCUCCUGUUCCAGGUCCUCAUGGACACUGUCCCCAUGGAUCAGUUCUCCAGGGCCCUGGGACUCUUCACCAUCCUGGAGAGCAUCUCCAUCCUCGUCUCCCCUCCACUGGCUGGGUUCUUCCUGGACAUCUCUGACAACAACUUCAGCUAUGUUUUCUACAUGUCAAGCUUCUUCCUCAUCUCAUCUGCCCUCUUCAUGGGUGGUAGCUUCUGUGCCCUGCAGAAGAAAGAGAGGCAGGGCAGGCAGGCAGAGGGGGAAAGAACCAUCACAGAGGCUGCCCUGGAGCAGGCCCUCAACGUGGAGGGCACAGAUGCUUCCGAGAAGCGGCUGUACACCGAAAUCAUGUAUGUGACUAGCCUCUGAGCUCCAGGAUCACGUGUGUGACCGGCAUCUGAGCCCUGAGGUCAGUGAGUGACCACUGCCUCAGCCCAGGGAUGGGAUGUUCGGCUGGUUCGCCAGGAGCUGGGGUGAGGGCUUCCCAGGAAGCCUGAAACCAAAGGCCAUCCGGGCUCUGCACGUCGGGACUCAGCCAGGAGCUGGGACCUUGGAGGCUGCCCUCCGAAGACUCAGGGUUUCUUCCAACUAGCAGAAUCCAGGAGCGGGUCCUCCUGACUUUUUCCUUGGGUACCAGAGUACCUGGGGCCCAGAAAAGUGGGUCUGAGCCCUGCUCGAGUCUCACGGUUGGCUUGGCUCAGCUGGCUGCCCACUGCUGCUGCUACAGCUCAACACACUGGACCUUCUAGUCCAGCCCGGAUGCCUCCGAUAUGAUCUCUUUGUCCUUCUCUGGCUUCCAGACAGUUCCAAAGAACUUACCCCACGUCUGAGGCCCUUCUGGCCCGCUCUUCCCAAGCGACCCAGCCCUUGCCCUUAGAACUGCCCCCAGAACAGGCUGCUGGGCCUCAUGCUGACUGGAACCUUGGGAAGAAGGGCCUUGUGAGAGAAGGAGUUGUGACCUGCAGUGGGCCAAGCUAAGGUUUAGACAGAUUAAAUGUUGCGUGGAGUGUC